CGUGGUCGUGCUGGACCGGGCUGUGUCAGUCAGGCUAGCCUUUAACUCACAGCAGCUCAUCUGCCUCUGUCUCCUGAGUGCCGCAAUGAAAGAUGCAUGCCAGCACACCACAUUUUCACCUUGAGUUUUUAGCUAGCGAUUGCUGUGGAGGCUCACCUUGGUGGUAGUUUGGGCUGAGGAAGAAGGGUUGGCAAUGGAUGGUCAGAUAUUACCGUAGGGGAGUGAAUCUGGGGUGGAGAUUACGGUGCUCAUGGAAAGAUUGCAAAUGUUGGUGGCAGAUCAGACGAGGCUGGCUGAUGCAUUAGACAUGACCAGAACUCCAGAAUAGAUGGGCCCAGGUGUGUGGCUAAGCCUCGUGGGGGUGAGAGGGAGGAAGUGGCUGCCUGGACUUGAAUGGGGCAGGAGGCUGAAGCUGAGGGGGGCUGGAGGCAGGGAUGCAGGGCAUAACAGGAAGGGUGACGCUCUGCUCGCAUGCUGCCUGUCCAGCCCCCGGCCCGUCUUGGGAUUGAUGGGUACUGAUAGCCACGAACAGCCUAACCCACUUAGAGCUGCAGGAGCCUUCCUAGCAGGACCUUUCAAGGUAGCAUUCACGUGGUGCUGGCUAGAAGGAAACCAUCCGCUUCUGACUGCCCCAUAAGAUACAGUUCAGUGUGCUUGUCUUUUUUACAGAAAGAUGCCAGGUGGGCCCCUUUGGCUUUCUGACAUUACUUAAUUUUCCCAUGUUGGUGCACAAGAGAGAACCUAUUUACUGAGGCAUGGCCUAUAAUCCCAGUGCUCAGGAAGCUGAAGGAGUAUUGUGAGUUCAAGGCCAGCCUGGGUUAUAGAAGAAAACUAUCCCAAAUGAAAAACAAAAAACAAACAAACAAAAAAAAAAAACCAAGAAAAUACUCAAAACUUCCUUUCUAUUCAUCUGGUCUUCAUUGACCCUGCUACUCAUUGAAUAAUUUAUAUUAUGAUUACUCUUAGUUAAUUAAAGGGGGUGGGGAGGCAGAAGCCAGCCAGUCUCCCAGCUUCUCUAGCCACAUUCAAUGGCCAGAUGCACGCUGGCUGCUCCCAUCAACAGAGUUGGUUAGAAUAUGUCAGUGUUUAAAUUCUGUACCCUGUGCACCCCCCCCAUGCUGUCACCUUUCUCCAUGGGAGGCCUGCCCGACAUCUGGAACAGAAGAAUGAAUUGGUUUUUACUUUGAUUAACUUUCCUUCAACCACAGUCUAAGAAUUCUCCACAUCCCCCUCCUCCCUGGAUUAUCAUGUCCUCAAAAAGACAGACCCAUUGAUAUUUCCAAAAAUGGCAGCAAAGUUAGUUCUGGAGUGUAAAUCCAGACAGACUUUUUGGAGGAGGUGCCCUAAGCUGCACGUGUAGGAGGGUGAGAGUGAAAACUUAUUUUUAUUUAGUUUAAAUAUGUUGUAGUGGUGGCUGUGGUGAUGUAUGGCACCGAGCACGUGUGGAGAGCAGAGGACAGUUUUGGGGGAAUUGAUUCUCUUCUCCCAUGGUGGGAUCCAGGGACUGAACCGAGGACCUCAAGCUUGCCAGCCAGCAGUGGCAUCCACUGAGCCGUCUUGCCUGCCUUUUUGGUUUUGUUUUGUUUUGUUUUGUUUUUGUGAUAACUUCUCAGGCAGCCCAGGCCGUGCAGCUGAAAUGACACUGAACGUCUGAUCGUCCUGUCUGUACCUCCCAAGUGCUAGGAUUACAGGCAAGCAUUCCUUACGGGGAAUGGGGUGCUCAGGAUGGAACCCAGGAUGUCCUGUGUGCUAGGCAAGCCCCUACCACCUGAGCCACAUCCUGGGAGCAAAGCUUGAACUUGGUGCCAGGCCCAAGGUGGAGGUUAGGCUUUUCUCAUGUAAAGGAAUGACUCCCAGGUCUACAACUGAAGCUCCAGAGACAAAAUGCUCCUGGCUUGUUAAGUCCCUAGACUAGGAUUUGAACUUGGUCUAGUGGGAAUUCUUAAGGGAACAGAAGGUGAUGGGAAACAGGGCAGGAAGUCAGGAAGAGCGUGGGGGAGGAGUGUGUCAUCAUGAGCGACUAUGACUCAUCCUCUGUCAUCCCCAGAGAUCUGACCCAGGUCGGAGGACACUCAGAAUUGGGAUCUUUCCCAUUCUGGGGGAAUGGUGUUCAUUUGGGGAGGAUGUGGAGGUGGUGGUGGAGGAGAGGAAGCCAGGGCCUAUUUUUGUGCUAAUGGGUACCGAGAAGGGUGCGAAGCACAAAGACCCGGAUCUAGACCUUGCAAAAGUGGGAGCCCUUUCUCCAGGGCACUCUUGAGGGCUGGCCAAGCUUGGGAGGAUUAGGAAGCUCAUGGGGUAGGCGGCUAGUGUCCCUCAGGUGCAGUUCUGCUGGCCCGUGCUGGAUCCAGCGACCUCGCUUCUUACCCACACCCUGCUCCUGGAAGAGGGUCACCUUGGAGCGAGAAGCCCGCUCGGGAGAGGCCUCUGGGGCGGCUCAGACGCUCGCUGCAGUCGCGCCCGUUCCCGGCAGAGAUGCAGGCACCGCGGAGCCUUCAGGGACCGCCCGCGCCCGGCGCCCUCGGCGCCUCUCGCGGCAGUUGGGAGCUGAUGUCACCGGCGACUCCAGGCGCAGCCUACCCAAGCGGUGAGGCAGCGGCGACGCCCGGGAUCCUUCAGGGAUCCUUCAAUUCCCACGCCGUCCUGGGGCCACGUUGGCCACCCCGGUAGCUGUGAGCCCGGACCCCGGGCUAGCUGCAAGCGCAAUGGACAGGGCUAGGGAAGGAUCGGACACGGAGUUGCAGAGGAAACUAGAUCAUGAGAUUCGGAUGAGGGAAGGGGCCUGCAAGCUGCUGGCGGCCUGCUCCCAGCGAGAGCAAGCUCUGGAGGCCACCAAGAGCCUGCUGGUGUGCAACAGCCGCAUUCUCAGCUACAUGGGCGAGCUGCAGCGGCGCAAGGAAGCCCAGGUGCUGGGGAAGACAGGCCGACCUGACAGUGCGUCACCCCCUGAGCGCUCCCCUUGCCGUGGCCGGGUCUGCAUCUCUGACCUCCGGAUCCCACUCAUGUGGAAGGACACAGAGUACUUCAAGAACAAAGGCGACCUGCACCGCUGGGCUGUGUUCCUGCUGCUGCAGCUGGGGGAACAGAUUCAGGACACAGAGAUGGUCCUGGUGGACAGGACCCUCACAGACAUCUCCUUUCAGAGCAGUGUGCUCUUUACUGAGGCAGGGCCAGACUUUGAACUGCGGCUGGAGCUGUAUGGGGCCUGUGUGGAAGAGGAGGGGGCCUUUGUUGGUGCCCCCAAGAGGCUUGCCACCAAACUCAGCAGCUCCCUGGGCCGUUCCUCAGGGAAGCGUGUCAGGGCAUCGCUGGACAGUGCUGGGGGCUCCGGGAGCAGUCCCAUCUUGCUGCCUACCCCAGCAGUGGGAGGCCAUCGGUACCACCUCUUGGCUCACAGCACUCUCACCUUAGCAGCUGUGCAAGACGGCUUCCGUACGCAUGACCUCAGCCUUGCCAGCCAUGAGGAGAGCCCCGCCUGGCUGCCCCUCUAUGGCAGCGUGUGUUGCCGCCUGGCCGCGCAGCCUCUCUGCAUGACUCAACCCACUGCAAGCGGGACCCUCAGGGUGCAGCAAGCCGGGGAGCUACGGAACGGGGCGCUCGUGCACGGAGUGCUGAAAGGCACAAACCUAUUUUGUUACGGGAGAGCUGAGGACGCAGACACGGGACAAGAACCGCGGUUUACUAUCGCCAUCAACAAGGAGACGAGGGUCCGGGCAGGCGAGCUGGAGCAGGCCCCGGAGUGGCCUUUCACCCUCAGCAUCAGCAACCGGUAUGGCGAGGAUGAGGUGACGAACACUCUCCAGGUGGCGAGCAGAGAAGCCCUGCAGAACUGGAUGGAGGCCCUGUGGCAGCUCUUCUUUGACAUGAGCCAGUGGAAGCAGUGCUGUGAUGAAGUCAUGAAGAUCGAAACUCCUGCACCCCGGAAGCCCCCCCAAGCACUGGCCAAGCAGGGCUCCUUAUACCACGAGAUGGUCUUAUCAGAGCCUGUGGCCUCAGGGGGUCCCAGUGAGGGGCUGCUCCUGCAGAAUAAUGCCAUCUCAGCUGAGAUACGGGCCUUGCUCUCUUCCUAUUACAGUGACAGGUGACAGUCAGGGCUGAGCAGGCCAGGGCCCGAGCUCUGACUGGCCCCCUCCCCUCCCCCCUCCCUGGUGCCACAGCUAUUGAGCCUCUAGAUGACAUCGCAGCUGUGACUGACAUCCUGGCCCAGCGGGAGGGCACGAGGCUGGAGCCACCCCCACCCUGGCUAGCCAUGUUUACAGACCAACCUGCCUUGCCUAGCUCCUGCUCGCCUGCCUCAGGGGCCCCAGUCCCAACCUGGACGCAAGCCCUGCCCUGGGGGCGACCCCGAACCUUUUCCCUGGAUGCUGCCCCUGCAGACCACUCCCUUGGGCCUUCUCGCUCGGUUGCACCCCUCCCCCCGCAGCGAUCCCCACAAUCCAGAAACUUCUACAGCAAAAGUCAGCUUCGUACAUGGCUCCAGUCUCCGGUGUGAGAAAAGGCCCCAGCAAUAGGAUGUGGCCAAGAAAGAAAAUGACAGAAGGGCAACUGCCCUCUAGGUCCAGCACUGUGGGGCCGGCUGGCCAGCUCCAGCUCCCCUUCCUCCCCUGGACUAGGAAGGAAGGCUGGGGAGGGUAACAGAAACCCUCUUAAAUUGUGGUUACCAUGGUACUGAGGGGACCAUUCCUGGAGCUUACUGCGAUCCUCCAAGCUCUUCCUGGGGAAAACUGGAACAACCCUGCCCUGCCUCCCUGCACUAACCAGCCUUGAGGGCAGCACUGGAGAGAGGGAGAAAAGGGUCUCCCUUGUGACCUGGACAUCCACCAUUAAAGUUAUUUAACUGCUA